AACGCAUUUCUGCGUGUAGCAGCUUCCAUAGAUUUCAUUCUCAUUGAAAAACUUCUACCGUUGCACACUAGUUUAUAAACAACCACCCAAACAAGCUUCAGCGCACUUCGUUGUUAACUAGUGGAUCUGCUGACUAUUUCCUCGUUUAUCACGAUGCCUUUGUGUGGAGGAUUGUCUGACAAAAAAGAUAUUACUGAUGAGGUUAAAAAUUUAUGCGAUGAAUUAAAGCAGAAAAUGGAAGAGAAAUUGGGGAAAAAAUUUAAAGAAUUUGAAGCUCUGCAUUUUAAGCAACAGCUAGUAUCUGGAAUGAAUUAUUUUGUAAAGAUACAUGUUGGAAGCGAAGAAUGUGUUCAUGCAAGAAUUUACCAACCAUUCUCUGAUGGUGUGGAAUUGACGUCAAUAAAAGGGAGUAUGGCAUGUGCUGAUGAAAUAGAAUAUUUUUAGAUGGAACGUCUUGUAAAGUAAUUUUAUUUCUAAUAAUGUAAUUUUUAGAAUAAAACAUUGUUCUUAAAUCUAA